CUUUAUUUGUUGACGAUUGAUAUAACCUUAAAGUAAUAGUAUUUAUUAAUUUACUACGAGAAUUAUAAUAAAUGUUCUAAACAAUGGCCAAAGUAAAAAACAAGAGGAACGCCGGAAUGGCCGACAAAGUUCAAAACAAGAAAAAAGCGCAAGCCACUAAAACCACGUUAAAUCCUUUCGAAGUUCAUAUAAAUAGAGAAAAACUAAAGGUUCUUGGGAAAAAAUCUAAACAUGAUAGAGGAUUACCUGGGGUUUCGCGUGCGAAGGCAAUACAAAAGAGAAAGAAGACCCUGGGUACUGAGAUGAAGGUAAUGCACAAGACAAACACAUUCAUUGAUCGACGCAUCGGGGAAAAAGACAACCAGAUUUCUUCAGAAGACAGAAUGGUGGCCAGAUUUGCAGCUGAGCGGGCCAAACAGCAUAACAAAAAGAGCAUAUACAACCUUGCCGAUGAUGAAAUAUUAACGCACAGGGGCCAAACACUGGAACAGAUAGAAAAGUUUGAUGAUCCCAGGUCAUCUGAUGAUGAAGAUGAAGAAAAAAGAUUUGGUGGUCUAGGAGAUGAUUUCGUAUCAGAAGGCCAUUUCGGUGGUGGAGUCUUAUCAAAAUCUGACUCGAGGGAUGGAGCAAAAUCCCAUAAGGACUUAAUAGAACAACUGAUAGCAGAGUCAAAGAAGAGAAAGGCGGAGAAGCAGAAAGAGAAAGAACAAACCUUAGAUUUAACUGAGAAGUUAGAUUCAGAGUGGAAGGACUUGAAGCCUGUAGUGUUCAAAUGUCAGAAAGAGAAAGAGGAGACACUGAUAGAUAAGUUGUUAAGUAAGGAGGAAAAGGGACAGGACUAUGAUAAAAUGAUGAGGGAGUUGAGGUUCGAGAAACGCGGAACGCCCUCAGAUGGCCUCUUAAGCAAGGAAAAACAAGACGAAGAAGAUAGGAAGAAGAUAGAAGAGUUAGAAAGACAGAGACAGCAGAGGAUGUUCUCAGAAGAAGAACUUGCUAUGCCUAGGAGUGCCCCAACUUCAAAACAUAGGUCUGCAGAUGAUUUGGAUGAUAAUUUUGUACUCGAUGAUGAAAAAGACUUUAUGCUUGCGUACGAUAAAGACGGCAAACCUUUGCUACCUGAACAUGUACUUAAGGAUUUUUCAGUACCGAAUGCUAAGAAGAAAUUUGAAGAUGGCAUAUCAGAUAGCUCUGAUGGUGAAGAAGAGACUGAAGAGGAUUCUGAUGAUUCUGAUGACGAAUUAAGUAAAAAAGCAGAAGUUAAUGAAGAUGAUGGGGACUGUGACAGUUCUUGUGAUGAUAGUGAAUCGCCAAAAGAAGAUCCUAAUGAGAAAAAAUGUAAAGGUUCCAGUAUAAUAGCUGACGUAAGUCAUCAAGGCGAUGACAAUGAUAGUUCAAGUAGUAACGAAAGUGGUGAAAAUAUAAGUGAAGAUGUUAAAAAUAAAGUGAAUAUAAAGAGAAGCGGCAGCGAAUCGCAGAGUGAACCACCUGAUGAUGAAAUGGAUACAAAACAAAACAUAAAAGCAGAUAACGCUGUUAAAGUUCGUAUUGAAAAUAAUAGAAACCCGUCGGUAAGCGAUAAAUUGGAAAAGGAUACACCGAGUAGAAACGAGAAAGUUCUUAAUUUAAAACGAAAACAGUUAGAUAAAGAUAUGGAAUGCGUUGCUAAAGAUGAAACAAACUAUAAUGAUCGCACUAGUGACAUGAAGAAACCUAAAGUAUCUGUUAAUAUAAAUCCCAAAGACGAUGAUAAUAUCGUAUUAAAAAAGGAAACAUUUUAUGAAAAACAAAUGAAAAUUGAAAAGAAUAGUACAAAGUUUCUAGACAGUUUUAACGAAUCAUCGAAAAAUUUAGAAGAUGAUGUAAAUUGUAAAACCAAAAUUGGUACAAUAUUUUCGAAUAGAGAUCAAAAGAGUUCAGUAGAUGAUAAUGACGAUGAUGAUAAUGAUGAUGAUGAUGAUGAUGAUGAUGAUGAUCACUCGCAGAGUUCCGAAGAACAUAAAAGUGAUACUGAUCAAUUCAAAGAUUUAAAAGAGUCUGAUGUAUCGAAUGAUGAAUUAGAGGAUUGCUGCGAAAGAAUCGGAUCAUUCUUCGAUUUUAGAUCUGCUGAGGGAGAUAAUUUAAAGGAAUUGUUAACAGGCAAAACACCUUCCCAACAAUCGGCUGCUUUAGAUAAACUAAUAAAAAGCUACAACCCUAGCUUAGGCGAAGCCAACAAAGAACAUUUGAGCCGAUUGUACGCUCACCUUUUACAGUACACACACGACCUAUUUUCGAAUUUAAACACCGAAUCCGAUAUAAUUAAAUCGUUUUUAGUUUUCGACAAAAUAGUCCCUUAUUUCUACGAUCUAAUACACGUGAAUAAAGUUUCAACUAAAAAGUUCAUAGUUGAAUUAUUAAAAGAGAAAUACGAUCAAUUCAAGCGCAAGCCAAAAAGAGUACCAAACUUAGAUACGCUAGUGUUUUUCAAAUUAGUUUCUUUGUUAUAUCCUACAUCAGACUUUAGACACCCUGUAACGACGCCGUCUUUGAUUUUUAUGACAGAAAUUUUAGCUUUCUCCAGAUUCAGAGAUGCUUAUUCCGUUUCUAGAGGUUUUUUCAUAGUGAGUAUAAUUCUAGAAUAUACGGUUAUGUCUAAAAGAUUCGUGCCGGAAGCUUUGAACUUUUUACGCGGCAUUUUUUAUCUGUGCGCUAAUACGUCUGUACUGAAUCCCGUGCAAGUCGUCCCGCCGUUUCGAUUGCAUAGAGAUGUCAAAAUUUUAAAUUUAGAACAUGAUUGUACAAAGAUGGCCGUCGAAGAAAAAAUGGCGGGAAAAGAUUUGUUGCUAACAGACAUAGAUGAUUCGUACAAAAUACGAUGUUUAUUAACUUCUACUUUGAUGUUAAAAGAGUUUUUUGAUAAUUACAAUGAUUUUGAAGCUUUGGCAGCCAUAUUUGAGCCACAUAUACAGUUAUUAGGGCGGGUAGAUCUUGAAUUGUAUCCAGUUAAAGUUGAGAGGAAGGUUUCGGAGAUAUUGCAGUAUAUGAAGCAGACGUUAGAGGUGAAGACAUACACACAGAUGGCUAAGGAGAAAGUGAGGCCGAAGGCUUUGAGACUGUAUGAACCAGAUAUCCAGGAAGUAUUUACUGGCAGCAAGAGCUCCAGGAUGUCCAGAGAGAAUGCAGAUAGAGCUCGUUUAGAAGGCAAAUAUAAGAAGGAGAUGAAGGGAGCGCUGCGAGAGAUAAGAAGAGAUAAGGCGUACAUCGCCUCUGUAAAGAUACGACAGAAGAUCCAUGGCGACAACAUAAGGAAAGAGAAAGUGAAACAAAUCUACAAGGACGCGUCCAUCCAGCAGGGUGAACUGAACAAACUGAAGCGCGUCAAGUGAAUGAAGUGUAUUUAUUGCAAUGUAUAAGCCGUGCCAAUAAAUAAUCUUUACAUGGUUUAAAAUAAAGUAGCUCCCCCUGUCUGUAAGCUCAGAUCUUUUAAACUACGCAAGAGAUUUCAAUUCAGUUUUCAGCAUUUCAAGAUUCAAGAGGAAGGUUUAUAUUUCGUAAUGUAGCAUAUUAUACUAGAGAAGUUGGACACGGUAGCGUGCAAGCAAUCAACUGUACCGUCCCGCAAAUUUUACUGCGAAUACUGUGCGAAUAAGAUAGCACCACAUCAACUGCCUUUUAUAGAUAUUUUCUUUAAUGGUGCUGGUGUGGUGGAUUAUGUUACACUGUUCAAUACAAUAUUAUAAACAAUAAAUAAUGUUUUAUUA